GUAAUAAAGUCACUUAACUUGAGUUAUUGCCCAAUAGGGAUGUCUUUCGUACCAAAUUUCCCCCCUUCUGUCUUGCGUAAAUUUGGUGAUCAAGAGUCUGAAGAUGGCAAGAAAAAAACAAAGGAAGACUUUAAAAGGAUGAAAGAAUUGGAAGAAGCUCGGAAACUAGCCGUGAUGCCUGCAAUGAAAGAUGAAGAUGGUCGGGAUAUCAACCCUCAUAUCCCUCAGUAUAUUAUGCAGGCACCUUGGUACUACGGAUCAUUAAAGCCAACAUUAAAGCAUCAGCGUAUGCAAGAUGAAGAGAAAAGGGAAGCGCUUUCUGGUACUGCUAAAGGUUCGUCUGCACUCAAUAAAUGGUACAAGAGGGGCAUUGUUCCUGAUGCUCCACGGGCUAAAAAGUAUCGCGAUGGAGCUUGUGAAAAUUGUGGUGCGGCAACGCAUGAUCGCAAAAACUGUCUUGAACGACCGCGAAAAGUUGGUGCUAAAUUCACGGGUGUAGACAUUGCCCCUGACGACAUUGAUCAGGAUGACAUAAAACUAGGGUACGAUGCUAAGCGUGAUAGGUGGAACGGCUAUGACCCGCGUGAGCACCAGCGAUUUGUAGCUGAGUUUCAGCGUUUUGAGGAGGCUAGGAAAUUAGUAAAGGCGAAAAAAAUCGAGGAAAAGUUGGCUGCUGCCGCUUCGAAAAGUGAUAGUCAAGAUCCCGGAUCUUCGACUGGACCUAAUUUGGAUGAUGAAGAAGGUGAUGAUGAUCGCUACGGAGAAGAGUUAGAUAUGCCGGGACAGAAAUUUGACAGCAAACAGCGCCAGUCAAUAAGGAACUUACGAAUUCGAGAAGAUACCGCUAAAUACCUUUACAACCUUGACCCCAACAGUGCUUAUUAUGACCCUAAGACACGGUCGAUGCGCGAGAAUCCAUUUGAGAAUUCUGGAAAACCAGAAUCAGAAGUUCCAUUUGCUGGAGACAACUUUAUCCGCAAUGACGGCGACGCACCUGCAAUGCUACAGCGGCAAGUGUUUGCUUGGGAAAUGCAAAACAAGCUAGGUCUUGAUUUACACCUUCAAGCAGAUCCGACACGCCUCGAACUACUUGCGAAAAAGGUUUCAAUGGCUAAGGAUCAGGCACAUUCGACUGUACGCGAGGAGAUAUUGGAGCGUUACGGCGGACGUGAGCACUUAGAAGCACCUCCGCGAGAUUUACUUAUGGGGCAGUGGGAAAGCUACGCUGAAUACGCACCGACCGGUCGGGUUCUUAAAGGCUCCGAAAGGGUUACGGUUAAAUCACGCUACGAGGAAGAUGUCUUUUUGAAAAACCACAAGUCUGUGUGGGGUUCUUAUUGGUACGCGGGUCAGUGGGGCUACCGUUGCUGCCACUCCCUGAUCAAAGAAUCUUACUGUACUGGAGACAAGGGGAAGGCAGUUACCAGCUUUACCACUUCAAAUGAUCCCACAUCCACGAGCACUACUGAUCUCCCUGAAGUGCCCGCUGAAGCCCAGACAGGUUCUAGUGUUCUGGCUCCUCUAUUGUCCAUCCCUAACAACGCGGAAAACACCACACAAAAACAUUCAGACACAGACGAUGAGGACCGAAAUAUGGAACGAAUACACCAGCGGGAGGUAGAUUUCGCACGAUCAAAGGAGCGUCAAGAACGACGCGCGAAAAAGCGAAGGGACAAGAAAAAGAAAUCUAAACAUGGCAAAAAACGGAAACGCAGUUAUAGUUCAAGUGAUAGCAGCAUUAGCAACAGCUCGGACGAUGAAAAUGAUUCUCGGGAAAAGCGAAUCAAAGCUGAAAUAGAAAAGGAGAAAAGAAGGCUGGCGGAAGUGGAACAGAUGAUGCUGAUUGAUGAGCGGAAGCGGCCUUACCACUCUCUGUCCGCCAAUGAUGGCCAUGUUCCCACACAGGAGGAAAUGGAAGCUUACUAUCGGCUCCGACAAAAUCCCAACGACCCCAUGUCACACUUCCAGACCUAG